GUUUGUUGUGUAACUCGAAAGCUCGGUCUCGGUCUAAUAAGCUUGUUUGGAGCCUGUUUGUGUAUUAAGACAAUGAAGCGUAAAAGAGGACACAAGAAAGGCAAGAAGUCUAAAAAGCCCAAGCCUUUCACUGAGUCAACAGAGAACCAAACCUCCGAGAAUAGUGAACAUGAGUCCAAAAUGGAGGUUGAUGCACCUUCUUCUACCGGGAGCGGCGAUUCACCUGUUGCUAGUGUAGAUCCCGUUGCAUCAGACACGGCGGCUAAGUCGGUGGGACGUGUUAAGGUCAAACUAAAGGCCUCGAAAGCACCGGAACCAGAUGUUUCACCGCGUACUACUGAUAUCGAUAAGAGCAGUCCUCAAGCUGAGCCAGAGAAACCCGUCGUGGCUGUGGAGAAGAAAGAGGACCCGGUUCCUCGUUUGCCUGACAGAAAACCGGUGUUUUUGAAUGUUUACAGGAAAACAAAAGGUAUAAAGAUUAAGCCUUCGAAGGUGGUUGAUGGGUCUAGUUCAGUUACUGAGAAGAGUGCUGAUACCGUCAAGGCCCAGGACGCAAAUAUAGUUCAACAAAAGGAUGCAGAUGUACUUCCAAAGGAUACACAAAUGCCUGAUGAGAGCUCUGAAAUCAAGAAGGUAGAACCAGAAAUUGCGGCAGUUUCUUCUCAGAACGAGGAGAAGAAGACCGAUCAAGUAUCACGAUACAAUAAGCAAGAACUGGAAGAUUCUCUUACAGUGAUCAAGAAGAUUAUGAAGAUGGAAGCUGCUGAUCCGUUUAAUGUUCCCGUUAACCCAGAAGCUCUUGGAAUUCCUGACUAUUUCGAUAUCAUCAAGACACCUAUGGAUUUUGGAACAAUAUGCAGUAAUUUCGAAAAAGGCAACAUAUAUAUGAAUUCUGAGGAUGUUUACAAGGAUGUCCAAUACAUUUGGAAUAACUGUUCCAAGUACAAUAAGAAAGGUGAUUAUAUCGUGGACCUUAUGAAGCGAGUGAAGAAAAAUUUCAUGAAGUACUGGACUGCUGCGGGAUUGUAUACUGAGCAAUCUGCUGCAGAGAAUGCUCAACCAGAGGAUGGUGGGAAGGCUUCCACCAAAGGUAGUCAAACAAAACAGAAGAGCCACAAACGUCAUGGAAGGCACCAUAAGAGUGAUUGUAUGUGCGCGAUAUGUAUCUUGAAGCGACGUAAAAGAGAACGUCAAGGUUCUCAAGGACAUUCUGAAGCACAAGAGGAGUCUUCACCUGUGGGAAGUCCAUCUGUGGAUAAUUCGUCAAUAAACAUGGGUGAGGAGCAGGACAUUGAUGUUGAUGUUGAAAACAAAACUGGACAAGGAAAAUCAGAAAUUGUGGAACUAGACAGUCCGGUGGCAAAAAGACAAAGAGUUAGUGAAAAUAAACAAGAGGUGGAGGAAGAAGAAGAAGGUAAAGAGGAAGAGGAAAACCUUGAAGUGGAGAGUGAAAAUAAAACCGAAGUUAAUGUCGAGGGCAAGGCCCAAUCGGUUGAUAGAUCAAUGGAAGAGACUGGCGAUGAGCCUGUGACUAGUGCUGCAGAGAAAUUGGUUGUUUUAGCUGCUUCCGUUGAAGGUCCAGAAUCGGCUCAGAAUGAGGAGGAAGAGAAGGAAAAACGACUCCGAGAGCAAAAGGAGCUGCAGGAGUUGGAGCGUCAACAAUGGAGAGCUAAGAUGCAUGAGAAGUUCCAAGUCAGAAAUCCGAAGCUUCUAAGUUUCUGUGAAACUAUCUUUCCUAACAACAACCAGAGUUCUGUCUGGAACGGACCUCACUCGCUUUUUAAACGUGGAGGAGGUUCAAGUCGUAGUAGUUCCUUACACAAAGCAGUUGAGGCAUUGAUGUAGUAAGGACUCAAAAUGUAACAUAAGUACUUAGCCAAUCAUCAUAUGAUUGUUGUCACUGAAAGCAUAAAAUCAACUUGUUCAUGAUUUUUUAAGACAAUUGAAUUCUUUAAUCACAUAAUGACUACCGUGAAAUGAUCAGACAACAAGAAU